AUGAAUCUAAUUAUAUAAUAGAUUUAUCCAAUACAUGCUAAAGGGGGUGCUGCUAAAAUAAUUACUAAUUAAUUUGUGUGUACGAAUUCAAUUUUUCAAAACAUAUUGACUUAAACUAGUGCAAUUUUUGAUAUUAAAACCAAAGGUUUGGGUGUUGUUAAAUUAAAUAACGUUUCAAGCAAUCUAAUAUUAAGCACUUAAAGAGACAGCAACGAUAAUUUUGGAUGUAUUAACAUUAAUUCUUAAAACAGUAAAUUAGAUUUAGAAAUAUCAAAUUCAAAUUUUACAAAAGUAGAAAAUGGAAUGAGCUCAGCAAUACUUAGUGUCAAACCAUCAUAAAGAGAAACUACAAUAUAACUUAGAUAAAUACAGAUAAUAAAUUGUUUUUCCUUUUUAAACUAAAUAUUUUAAAUAGAGUUCUCAAAUUACAACGAUCAAAAGUUAAAUCAAUUAUCAAUUAGAAAUAUGAAUAUUAUCUUCGAUGAAGUAGAAUGGAUAAUUUAUUUAUCAAGAUUUGGAUAGUUAAGUUCUCCUGAAAUAGCAUACAUUAUCGAUGAUAAUUCAAUUAUAAACAUGGCUGGAGGUUUAAUUUCCAUCAAUUCAUUUGCACUUUAAGGAAUUAUCAUAUCUCCAAUUUUAAAAAUAUUAAACGCCUAAAAAUUAGAAAUUAGAAAUUGCUUUUUCAAUGAUGUGAAAUCCUUCUAUUCUUAGCAGCUUAUUAUUUUAAAUCAAUAAUUAAAUACAACAAUUUUAUUUAAAAAAAAGAAAUUUAAAGAUUUUCGAUCUAUUAUUUUAAUAUUGAUUAGUACUAAAUCGAUAAAAUACCAUAAUUUAGAGUUAUAGAAUGUUAGCUUUUAUAAUUGUCUUAAUUAUCUGAUUUGAAUUCAAUACUCAUAAUAAAUGAAAAUAUUAAAUAAUUUUACAAAUUGUCCCAAAGAGUAAACUAAUUGCUUAUUAGUAUUUUAAGUUCAAAUAGUGAAUUAAAAUUAAUCUUCAAUUAAGUGAAAUUGAUUUAAAAUAACUGUUUGAAUUGCUCUUUGGGAUUAUUUUUUUUUAGUCUUUCGGACUACAAAGAAUUGACAAUCUUUAGUGUUACUAGAAUUAAAUAUAAGAAUAUGGAUGCUUAUAUCUAAAAGCUUAUCAAUAGAAUAGUAAACAAUAAGCGCUGAUUUAGAAUUCUUUAUUUAUUAGUAACAAUGGCAGUUAAGGCAGUGGCAUAUAGGCUGAAAAUAUUAAGUUGUUAAUACGAUAAUGCAAAAUACUUGGAAAAUAAGCACUCAAAAAAGGAGGAGGAAUUUAAUUAGAUAUCAAUAAAAAUGAGUUCAAUAUUUAUCAAUCUAUCAUCAUGUUGAAUAAGGCUAAGGCUGGAGGCGGCAUUUCCUUUCAAUCGCAGAGUAAUCUAAAUAAGGAAAAUUUUUAAAAAUUCAUUUUUAAGUUUUAACUAUGCAGAAGUUUAUGCAAAUAACCUUAUUGA